CCAGCGAAAUACGGAAACAGUAUUUUAAGCUCGGAUAAAGUUAAGUAAGACAAGGAUAUCAAUGGCAUAUAAAUUUACAAUUUACUUCUUGGUGAUGUGCUUGUGCCUUCGGAUGAGCCUGGCCAUGCCAUCGUACGAAGACGACAGGAUUGAGCUUGAAAAAGAUCAACACGCUAGGCAAGCUCGAUAUUUGCUGGCAGAACCGUCUUUUUCGCCAAAUGUCAAUGCCAAACGGCAAUCGGAGAUUAUCAACACGAUACUUGGGCUACCGAGGGAUAUCGAUAAAAUGGGAUACGACCAACCCUACCCUCCACGUCGCCCACCGUGGUACAAAGAAGGUGAUAAACCCAAACGCACACUAUUACAGAAUCCGUUAUUCAAGGAGUAAAAAGGUAAACAAACCCUACGUCACUUGCCAGCACCGAAAAAACUCUUCACAUUAACGCUAUGUGAAAAUUUACAUGGAUUUUUGCCACCAUAAAAAUCACGUAAAACUUACGUGAAUUGCAGAGCUCGCGCAACAAGCAGAUUUCACGUAAUGUUCAUAUGAGUUGUAUGUUAAAUCAACGUAGAUCGAAUGUGGGAAGGGAUUCGUUCUGCUACAUGUAAUUCACGUAGAUUUCAUUGUCAUAUCAACGCAGGGAGUUUUCUCGGAUAGUUUGACUAAUAUGUUUUGAUUUUGAAAGUAAUCUUUAUUGUUCCACAAAAUUACGCUUGCUCUUUUCCAUUUUCAGAAUUUUUUUCACUACUCACUUCAUUCAAAUUAUAAAACACAAAAAUUGGAAUCUGUUUUGCCUCUAACAAUUGCUUAGCCAUCUCAGCUGUCUCAAUUUUUAUUCUUGUUGAAAAAAAAUCAAAAAUGUAAAUAGCAACCAUAUAACAAAAUAUUAUUACUUACGAAAUAAAUAUCAGCUUCUCCAUCA